UGGCGACGACGCUUACGGAUCUGGAUGCGGCUGUGUUUGAGGACGAUGAUGACGAUGAUGAUGAUGAUGGGGACAUUGAGGAUGACGACGAGGACGACGAUGACCUGGACCCCGCUGAGCUGGCGCGGCUGGAGGCCAAGCUGCAGCAGGGGGCCAAGGUGGCGUGA